CUGUAGCGGAUGGAGUGGGUGGAUGUUACUGUCCGAGUCACGUAUGUGGGAUCGGCUGCUUUACUUUGUGACCACCGGCAGCAGCACGCACAUAAAUCACUCUUGUAAACCACUCUUAAUUUCUCGGGUGUGUGAGGAGACUGUCAAGAAAGGAGAGGUGGAUAGUCAGUACACCGCGCGCAUCCUAGGUUUCUGUGAGACCGUCUGAGGCACCUUGUUUUCCUGAAUGAAAUCGUACGCCUGCUAUAAAUAGAACAGGGUCGUUGACGUCACAAUGGAAGCUGCAACCACGUCGGUGCUGUGUGGCUGGCUGCAGACGCUUCACUCAAAGAGCUUUCGAAUGGAGAAGGGCAUGGUGACGGCCGCUCAAAAGACCGAGCAAACUAGACAUACAGUGUUAUUGCGAUAGUGAAGGAAAGAGGAAGGAUUAACUUUUUUUUGGACAGAUUGGGAUAUAAUGCCGGUUACGAAAUGAUCUUGCAGCAUUUCAAACCUAGCUAGCACCGACCGAUUUUAUUGCUAGCCAGCUGCAGUAAUUCUAACGUUACUCCUUGAAGUCUUGACUUCACUUUGGGUUGACAAGAACAAAAACACACAAUCCCAAGCAACGACUGGGCGUGUAUUAUGGAUUACGAGCGGCCUAACGUGGAGACCAUCAAGUGUGUCGUUGUGGGGGACAAUGCCGUUGGGAAGACUCGCCUCAUCUGUGCCCGCGCCUGCAACACCACACUGACCCAGUACCAGCUGCUGGCCACACACGUGCCCACCGUCUGGGCCAUCGACCAGUACCGAGUGUGCCAGGAGGUGUUGGAGCGAUCCAGAGAUGUGGUGGACGAGGUGAGCGUGUCCCUACGACUAUGGGACACAUUUGGAGACCACCACAAAGACAGACGAUUUGCCUAUGGCAGGCCCAUCAAACCCGGGGACAUCCUGCCACCAGAGAGUGGACGAGAGGUGGCCAAAGAGCUGGGUAUCCCCUACUAUGAAACCAGCGUCUUCGACCAGUUCGGCAUCAAGGACAUCUUCGACAACGCCAUCCGCGCCGCCCUCAUCUCCCGCCGCCACCUGCAGUUCUGGAAGUCGCACCUGCGCAAGGUCCAGAAGCCUCUCCUCCAGGCGCCGUUCCUGCCGCCCAAAGCGCCCCCUCCGCUCAUCAAGAUCUCCGAGGGGCCGGGCGUCGGCCCCGGCGACCGCGAGGGUCCGCGGCAGCUGCUGGACAGCCCGCUGUGCGCCGACGUGGUGUUCGUGCUGCAGGAGCACGCGCGCGUCUUCGCCCACCGCAUCUACCUGUCCACGUCCUCGUCCAAGUUCUACGACCUCUUCCAGAUGGACUGUCCGAGGAGUCCCAAUGCCUGGUCGUGACUGACCGCUUCCGAGGGUCCGGCAGAGGAGGAGGAGGAGGCGGCGGCGGUGGAGGUGCCUCCGUCGCCGGGGGCAACGCACGCGGCGACGCCCACCUGAUGCGCACGCUGAGCCUGGACACCGAGGAGGCGUGUUACGCGACCAGUCGCCCGUGCCGCUGCGGCGUCCAAAAGCGGCAACGCGCUCCGUGUGAGGUCGCUUCGGUGUGGCAAGCGCGGUGCUCAGCUCGCUUCAACCUCCUGGAGCAAGGCCUUCUACAGCAUCCACCGCGAGGCCGUGGCCAACCCGGUGACCGGCGCGUCGGCGCCCAUGACCGUGGUCAAGAUGGACGCCUCCAUCCAGAUGGGUCCGUUCAGCGCCGUGCUGCGCUUCCUGUACACGGGCGAGUUGGACGAAGAGGAGCCCGACCUGAUGAAGGUGGCGCAGAUCGCCGAGAUCCUGGAGGUGUUCGACCUGCGCAUGAUGGUGGAGAACAUCAUGAACAAGGAGGGCUUCAUGAACCAGGAGAUCACCAAGGCGUUCCACGUCAGGAAGGCCAAUCGCAUCAAGGAGUGUCUCACCAAAAACAAGUUCACAGAUCGUCAGUAGUUCAGUUUGGACGAUGGCACCAUCAACGCCCAUAAGCCUCUGCUCAUCUCCAGCUGCGACUGGAUGUCAGCGCUGUUCGGCGGCUCCUUCAUGGAGAGCUCCAACAAUGAGGUGUCCAUCCCCAGCACCAGUCGCGCGUGCAUGCAGGGCGUGCUGGAGUACCUGUACACCAACCAGCUGUCCCCCAUGGCCGACCUGGACCCCCUGGAGCUCAUCGCCCUGGCCAACAGACUGUGCCUUCCCCGCCUCAUCGCUCUGACAGAACAGUAUGCUGUGACUGAGCUGGUGAGAGGCUCUCGAGGCGGCCAGGAUAUUGACGGAGAGGUGCUGACCUACCUGGAGCUGGCUCAGUUCCACAAUGCUAACCAGUUAGCAGCCUGGUGCUUGCAUCACAUUUGUACACAUUACAACAGCGUUUGUGCCAAUUACCGCAAAGAAAUCAAGUCCAAGUCACUAGAGAACCAGGAGUACUUUGAGAAGCACCGCUGGCCGCCAGUGUGGUACCUGAAGGAGGAGGACCACUACCAGCGCAUGAAGAAGGAGCGGGAGAAGGAGGACGUGGUCCUCAACAAGCACCACUCGCGCAGGCGCUGGUGCUUCUGGCGGGCCUCACCCGCCGUAGGGUGAGAAAGAGA